AUGGCAAUACACGAAUUUCCAGAUCCUCCUAACAUAAAAAAAUUUUCUAAUGCAACUGAAAGAAUAUUCAAAUUAUUUAGAAAUGCUUGUGAUGUGGCUUUGGAUUUUAAGAAUGAAUAUUUUGAAAACAAAAUCAAGUCGGUUAAAAAAUGUAGAAGGGAAUUCCAUUCAAUUGCUUAUGACACAAUUGAUCGAGCUGACGAAUUGGUUAAAUUUGGUGGAGAUAUAAUGAUCCUUGUUGAAUUUUAUAAUGAUGAGGAUGUUACUAACGAAGAUAUAAGAGGUUUAUUGGAUAAACUUUUAAAUGAUGCUAAAACUAAUAAAACUACAAUAGAAGAAACCAACUCCAAAAUUAUAACUCUUAAAAAUAACAUGAAAAAGAUUCAUGAUGAAUUAUUAAAAAAAAUCGGGGAAAAGGUUGAUCCUACAAUAUACAAUAACUUAAAAGAUGCUGAAUCUAAAAAAAAAAUUUUAGAUAUAGUGACAACAGCCGCUUUUACGAUAUGUGGAAUUGGAAAAGAAGUUGCCAGAUUACGGGAACCUGUACAAAUGAUUGAUAAAUCAAAAAGUUUAGAAAAUGGUAUUUACUCGAUAAUUACAUUUUUAAAUGAGCUUAAAGGAUUCUGGGAGAAACAUAUUGUUGAAUUAGAAAGGCUUAUUGAAAGAUUAAAAAGUUUAAGUGAGAAUAUUAGACCUCAUCCUAACAGAUCAAUAAUCAAAUGUUUGGAAAACCGAUGGAAGGAAACAAUUAAAGAAUGUGAACAUCACUCUAAUGUCACAAGAUAUGAAUUAGAUC